AGAGAGAAACAUUGUACUAUUACUAAGUUAGUUUAUAUAUGCAUGAAAUUGUUUAGUAAAUAUUGGCUACACUUUUGCCACCCCAUACGGAGUCACUUCCAAAAUACCUGGUUAGAGUGAUCCCAUAUAGUAAGAUGUGUCCAUAAUGAAUUCCGGAAGUUCUGAGAGGAAACCUACAAGCUAUUUCUGACAUGUGAAUAUGUUAAAAUGUAAACAUCAUGUUGGGUAAAUCUUGAGAGCCCUGAUCUCCUCAUCACAGCUGAAUCUUCCUUUGAGAAGAAUGAAGAUGUCUUGCUGCAGGGUACUUCUCUUAUCCUGUGUGGAGCCAACCUGUGAGCCCUCUCCUAAGAGACCCAGAGGAAGACCCAAAGGCAGCAAGAACAAGAGCCCCUCGAAAGCAGCUCAAAAGAAAGCAGAGACCAUUGGAGAAAAACGGCCAAGAGGCAGACCCAGGAAAUGGCCACAACAAAUUGUUCAGAAGCCUGCUCAGGAGACUGAAGAGACAUCCUCGCAAGAGUCCGCAGAGGAAGAUUAGGGGGCGCCGACAUUCAAUUUCUACCUCAGCAUCAGUUUGAUCUUUCGAAGGGAGAAGACACUGCAGUGACCACUUAUUCUUUACUGCCACGGUCUUUCCACUUUCUGCGGGGUUGGGGCAUGGGCGGGGCAGGGGCGGGGCGGGGUAAGGGGCGGGGGCGGGGGCGGGGCGGGAGAAAUCACAUAACCUUGAGAAGGACUAUAUUAAUCACUUUGUAAUCCCUUCACAGUCCCAGGUUUAGUGAAAAACUGCUGUAAACACGGGGGACACAGUUUAACAAUGCAACUUUUAAUGACUGUUUUCUUUUCCCUUAACUUACUAAUAGUUUGCGGAUCUGAUAAGCAAGGGCGUGUGGUUGAAGAAAACCUCUGGGGUGGGCUUAAUCAGUCACUACAUGCAAACCCUGAACCGGCACCCUGGUGACCGGGGUAAUUCGUAUAAGAAAAGCAUUGUAUGUGACUCUGUGCCCACUCAGAUGCCACCCCCACCUUGAUCAUAGAAAAAUCUUCUGCUUAGGACACCAAAGAUGAGGACUAGACACUACUCUCCUUUGCGUAUAAUCUUGUAGACACUUACUUGAUGAUUUUUUUCUUUUUUAUUCUAAAUGAGACAAAAUGCUGGUAUCUCUUUUCAUACAGCUAGCAAACCAGAAUAGGUUACUCUCGUUUUUGUUUUUGUUUUUUUUUUUCCAAAAAGGGAAGUAAACAAAUAAUAAAUGUUGACUCCUAUGUUUAUGGACUCACAUACAUCAGCAGGAGUGAUAAGCCCACAAGCUCUCUUUCCCUCCUCGGGAGAUCUACACAGCCGAAAGCCACUUAGCAACAGAUGACACUUGUCAGUCUCAAAGCCUCCAAGAUAACUAGGGGAGUAAAAUGAUUCUCUUUCGGAAUUGAACGGAAAGGUACAGUACCUGAUGAACUCACCCUAGUGAUGAUGUGGGAGGAGUGAAAACAAAUUUCUUUGGCUACAUAAAGGACACUAUUUUUAGAAAGAAAAAAAUGACUCCCACCCGCUGUUGCUGUCUCCCUCUCUCCUCCCUUCCCUCUCUCCUCUCUAUAUUCUCUGUUCUCCAUUGUGUACCAGUGUCCGUGAAAGACCGCAGUACCACUUACCUCAAAUGAAGCCUGUGUGUUACUCCAAGUAACUCCUUUCAUUUUGACAUAAGAUGGCUGGCCGAGGUGUGUUGCCUUGGUUCGGUCAGCCAUCUCUGCAUUCACGCUGCACUUUUAGCCAGAGAUGCAAUAACCCUCACUACUCAAUACUACCUCUGAAUGCUACCGUGAAUUUACAGUCCUGCACUUGUUACACGCUGCUAGACACAAGCCCUGCGAGAGAGAGAGGAAACAAUAACACAAACCUUUCUCGGUCAGCAUCUCAGCCACCCACAGUUCUCUGUCAUUCUUGUCAAACAAGUGCCCUUACUCUGUCUCAGUGUGGCUAUGCAUGUUUCUAUGAUUUUUUUUUAAAUUAAAAUGUUACAAAUGCUUGUGGCAGCUUCCCUGCUAGAUUGCUACAUUAAUUUGAAACAGUUUUGAAUCAAGUUGCUCCUAGGUUCUUAAGGAUAAUUUUCUUCAGUGACACUACAUUGUAUCACAUACACACAGACACACACACACAUACACACACACACACACACACACACACACACACACACACACACACACACAACACAUCUGUUCAAAUAUAAGUCUCCAAGUCUGUACCUCAAAAAUGGACUUAGUGAUUUGCAAGGACCUACCUCCACACUUCAAAAGGAACAAACUUGUAGUUUAUAACGCUCUUUGAUUUCCUUCCCCAGUGUUUGAAAGAGCUCAAACUUCACCUCUUCUCUCCCUCAUCAAAACUAUUUUUUGUAAAAGACACUUGAUAGAAACAAUUUUACAUACUUAUUUUUCAAAAAAUAAAUGAAUUAAAAAUCAAGCCAACCUUCAAAGAAACUUGAAACUUUGUAGGUAAACUACAACCAGCUCAGCCUUUUGCCUAAUGCAAUCAAAAAAGAAAAUAGGUUUUUAAGAUUAGUUGCCUAUAAGAAUAUGCUUGACAGAUAUUUUUCAUGUAUUUUACACAAUGUGGUUUUUGUAAAAUGUCUUGAGCAGAUUUAUUUUGAACGCUUCUUGUGUAGAGUUCUAUGCCUUUCUCUCCUAGUAAGUGUGCUGGCUUUUCCAUGGUGUUACCCACUGGGCCAGGAGGUAGUCUCUCAUAGUGGCUUGUGUCAGUAUGACUUUUAAUACUGAAGCCAAAUGAAACAAACAAACAACCAUGUCUCUUCCAGCUGUUUUCAGGGAGGUCAUUUCAAAGGCCACAUACCGCUCUGAAACUGGCAGGUUGCUCACUGUCGUGAGUCGCCAAAGGAGCUACGGAGAGAUUAAAGCUCAACAUGACUGUUAACUGCGCAUUAAAUAAGCAAACACACAGUGGCUUAUAGGAAUCGGAUUCCCAUUCCAUAUCUUUGGAUGGGCCUUUCAGAAAGUUCAUUUUGGCCAGCUCAUAAAAACUGAAUCAGUUUCUCAUGCCGGCCAGACUUGGCACACCGAGCGAUAUCCAUCUCUGAUGAAGUUAUUCUUUAUUUCCUGUAUGUUGUACAAUCAAAACACACUACUACCUCUUAAGUCCCAGUAUACCUCAUUUUUCAUACUGAAAAAAAAGAAAAGAAAAAAAAGAAAAAAAAAAGGCUUGUGUCCAAUGGAACAGUGAGAACAUCAUAAAAUUUUUAUAUAUAUAGUUUAUUUUUGUGGGAGAUAAAUUUUAUAAGACUGUUUUUUACUGUUGUUGGUCACGGCUAAGUAAGACUGGACAUCUGACUUCUCUACCGUUUCUGCAAGUUAAGUAUGUUUGCAGGAGAAACUUACCAAGACGAUUAACUGCAGCCGACUUUCUCCCCGUUCCUUUGUACGCCCUCUGCCUUUAUUCUCUAUUCCUUGUGUAGAAUUGCUGUCUAUGAUUGUACUUUGACGGCUUGCUUGUGGCAAUACUGCUCUAGUGGAUUAUCACUGUCUGCACAAUAAACAUAACAGCCUCUGUGGUCCCCGUG